AUGGAAAAUCAAAACAACAGUAAUAGCUACUCAGACUUUAUCCUUCUGGGCAUCUCUUCCAACCCCAAUCUCCAGACACCCCUCUUUGUCAUCUUCCUUAUCAUGUACCUGGUCACCGUGGUGGGGAAUGUACUCAUCAUCCUGGCCAUCUACUCUGACACUCGACUUCACACCCCUAUGUACUUUUUUCUCAGUAACCUUUCCUUUAUGGAUAUCUGCUUCACAACAGACAUUAUGCCCAAGAUGCUGGUGAAUUUGCUAUCAGAGACAAAGUCCAUCUCCUACGUGGGCUGCCUGGUCCAGAUGUACUUCUUCAUGGCGUUUGGAAACACUGACAGCUACCUGUUGGCCUCUAUGGCAAUAGACAGGCUGGUGGCCAUCUGCAAUCCCUUUCACUAUGACGUGGUCAUGAAUCCGCGGCGCUGUCUCCUAAUGCUGGUGGUGUCUUGCACCAUCUCCCACCUGCACUCCCUCCUCCGGGUGCUGCUCAUGUCCCGUCUGUCUUUCUGUGGCUCCCAUGUCAUUAAGCACUAUUUUUGUGACACCCAGCCUGUGCUAAAGCUAUCCUGCACAGACACAUCCGCCAGUCAGCUUGUGGUCUUGACGGAGACUCUGGCGGUCAUUUCCACCCCCUUCUUGUGCAUCCUCUUUUCCUACCUGCGAAUCAUUAUCGCCGUGCUCAGAAUCCCCUCUGUAGCUGGAAAGUGGAAGGCCUUCUCCACCUGUGGCUCCCACCUCACUGUCGUUGCCCUAUUCUAUGGGAGUGUCAUUUAUGUCUAUUUCAGGCCCCUGUCCAUGUACUCAGUGGUGAAGGACCGGGUAGCCACAGUUAUGUACACGGUAGUGACCCCCAUGCUGAACCCCUUCAUCUAUAGCCUGAGGAAUAAAGAUAUGAAAAGGGGGUUAAAGAAAUUAUGGAACAAAAUUCACUCAUAG